AUGGAAAUACAUUUCGUUAUUUUGACUUUACUGGGGAGCAUCUUCGUCUUCGCUCAGAGCUCUCUAGGUAGCGCGCAAGGAAGAAUCCAGAAUGGUAUAGAAGUAGAUACUCUGAAAAGAUUCCCUCAUUACGUGACUAUCACUGCGGAAACACCUACCGGAAAAAAUUACUGCGGUGGAUCUAUUAUCUCUGAUCAAUGGAUCCUUACUGCUGCACAUUGUGUUUCUGAUAAACAAUUCAGUGUCCACUUCCUCUUGAAGAGUCUAUCCAACGUUGAAAAUUCCUUCUCUAUAACUUUGGAUCAGUCAUCGGUUACAGCGUAUCCCACUGGCUUUGACAAUAUCGCGUUGGUGAAAUUGCCAGUUAUCCUUAAGUUUUCAGAUAAAUUGGCGCCAAUUUCGUAUUCUGCAGAAGACGUAGAAUAUACGAAACCCACCAAUGGAUUCGUCGUUAUGCCAGGAUUCAGUCUGCAAGAAAGCAAAGUUUUAACAUAUGGAAUGUUCAAAUUGGUUUCUUCGAGAGAGUGUAGGACAAACUUUUACUGGUUUCUUGAUGAAUAUCUGCAAAUCUGUACUGUUGGUUGGAAUAACAACAAACAAAUGCCUUGCGAAGGUAAUGAAGGGACUGGACUAAUUAUUGGAUGGCCACAGGAACCACGUCUGAUUGGAAUCUUCAGUUCGCCUUUGAGGUGUGGAUCUGAUUUGCCGGCAAUUUACGUGAAAUUGUUGGAAUAUGAGAAAUGGAUUGACCAGACUAUUGGAAGGUGGCGUACUACUUCUACUCCUUGGCCUAUAAUUACCCCAAUGAUACCAAUAUCAACAACACCACUACCAACACCACCUACACCACCUAAUUGGGUUACAACCGAUGGAAGAUCAACAACAACGACAACAUCACCACCAAAACCGCCAACACCAGCUACUGAGCCACCAAUUCCACAACCUGCAUCAACCCCACCAACGCCACCACCAUGGUAA